CUUCCAGCCAGUUACUUGGGAUGCACAGCCUGCCUGCAGGAGCUACGCGACGAAUGCACGCGGAACGCCGGCCAGCUUGGCCGUCCGGAUAAGUUUUACAGGUGACGACGACGGCGGGCCGCGCGGAGUUUUCCGACAACCCUCUGGCGCAAGAGCAGAGUCCGACGCAUGCGAUGUCCUUGGGCCCGUUCUUUACCGCGCGAGUUUUCCAGGACCGACGCGGCUUGUUGUUUCAAGUUCUGGAGGCCGCCCGCGACAUCCAGGGGAAAGCAUACGCCGUCGAGUGGCAAGGACGUGGCAACCCGCGCCGCCGCAUCGUCUGGAGAAGCGGCAGCAACUACAGGGCGUUCGAGCAGCUCGACAAGGAAACCCGGGCGCGAAUUUCCGACCUGAAUCCGGGCGCGUGGCGCCAUUCCCUUCGCCGAUGGGCGCGGCCGCUCCGAUACUAGCCCGCAAAUAGCGCCGCCCGUUCUCGUCCUCCGCGGCCAGGAACCUGGGAAGCCGCUGCAGGCCUUCGGACUUGCAACCGUCCGGGGUCGGAGGCGUUGCGCGCCCGAUGCUUUAGCGUGCGCCCGCCCCGUAUCUGUUUGCCCACGCGUGGCGACGCCACCCCGCUCGGCCCCUUUGCCAGCGCGGAAGCCCACCC